UAUCUAAAGAAACGAGAAUAGCACUGCCCAACAUGCCAGCGCUGGGGUUCAUCCCUGUAAAAAGUCAGCAGGCGGUGCGCACAGCAAAGCGCCAUCCAAAGACGUUUUCGCGCCUCAGCAGGAACGCAUACGUGCGAAUACCUGCUAGCAUUUGUUACCGUUGCGGACUCGUCACCGGGCGCACAAUAGUCAACGUCCGCGGUUACGUGGAUGUAGCUGCUCAUCAAUUAAAAGUAAGAAACACGCGAGACUUCACGCGGCGGUAUAAUGAAUGGUUAUGGCGAGAGGAGGGCAAAGGCGAGGACGAAGACGAAUACGACCUCUUCGAUCUGUUCGAUUUGCGAUACCUCUUUGGAGAUGAAGAAGUCGAAGAGGGCGAAAUAGAACGAGACUGGGAGUUCGACAUGUAUUUAAAAACUAUAGUUAAUUGGAUAGAUAAAAUUUAUAAUAGAGAGUAAGAAAAUUAUAUUUUUAUAUUAUUUACUAAUUAUAUGUAUUUUAAU